AUGUCCCUGGCGGUUGCUGAUGGAGGUCGGGGGAGUGGCGACGGCGGACACCGGCAGGUGUUCCCGACGCUGACGGCGACCAAUUACACCAGCUGGAGUAUCCGGGUCCAGGUGAUCAUGGAGGAGCAGGGGUGGUGGGAGGUAGUGGAGCCGCCGGAGGGAAGUUCGACGGGAGCCAGGACGGAGGCACAGACUGGGAAAGAUCGAAAGGUGCGGGCGUAUCUUUUCCAGUGUCUGUCCGAUGAGCUGUUGAUGCAAGUGGCGAAGAAGAAGACGGGGAAGGAGGUCUGGGAUUCUCUGAAGGCCAUGUUCGUGGGCGCGGAACAUGUCAAGGACGCGCGUCUGCAAACCUUGAAGGCGGAGUUUGAUGGGCUGAAGAUGAAGGAGGAGGAGACUGUCGAUGAGUUUGCCGGGAAACUGACGGCGAUGUCAGUUAAGUUUGGCAACUUAGGUGGGACGUUGGAGGACAAGGCGAUGGUGAAGAAGCUGUUCGACACCGUGCCAGACAAGUUCAUCCAAGUCAUAGCCAGGAUCGAACAGUUCUAUGAUCUCCAGACUCUGGCGUUCGACGAAGCUGUGGGUCGGCUCAAGGCGUUCGAGGAGCGAACCACUAGGCGUGGAGGUGGUGGGAGUCGAUCCGCUGACGGGCAGGUGCUGCUCCCUCAAGCUGAGUGGGAAGCAUGCCAGAAGAAGUCGGGAGGAGAAGGUUCUAAAGACGGUAAGUCUCAAGGAACUGGAGGAAGUGGUCGGGGACGCGGUCGUGGUGGCGGCCGGGGAGGUCGAGGUGGACGUGGGGAUGGAGGAAAGGAGAGCACUGACAAACGUGACAAGAGUCACAUCAAGUGCUUCAAGUGCCAUACCUAUGGUCACUACGCCAACCGGUGUCCUGGUGAGAAGAAGAAGGAAGAGGAGGCGCACCAUGCGAAGACAGUGGCUGUGGAGCCAACAGUGCUGCUCGCGGAAAAGGAGGAGCAAGGAUCUCUCGAUCCUCCACUAUGUGAGAUCUGGCACACAGGCGUGGAGCUAGAGGAGGAGAAGGUGCGGCCGGAAUUGUACUUCGUCGGCGAAAAUGAGGUCAGGAAUGAUGUCUGGUACCUGGACAAUGGUGCCAGUAAUCAUAUGACUGGUGAUCGCCAAAAGUUCAGAGAUAUGGAUUCUACUGCUACUAGAAAGGUACGGUUUGGUGAUGGCUCUGCAGUAGAGAUUGAGGGAAAGGGUUCAAUUCUGUUCCAGGGGAGGACUGGGAACCAGUGA